AUGGCUGACAAGGGUCUUGAGGAUGUCCCUGAGACACAGAUUGAGACUAACUAUGACGAGACCGUCGACUCCUUCGAUGACAUGAACCUCAAGUCUGAGCUCCUCCGAGGCAUCUACGCCUACGGUUUCGAGCGCCCCUCUGCUAUUCAGCAGCGUGCUAUCAUGCCCGUCAUCAAGGGUCACGAUGUCAUCGCCCAGGCCCAGUCCGGUACUGGAAAGACCGCCACCUUCUCUAUCUCUGUCCUCCAGAAGAUCGACACCAACCUCAAGGCUUGCCAGGCUCUGAUCCUUGCCCCCACCCGUGAGCUUGCUCAGCAGAUUCAGAAGGUUGUCGUCGCUAUUGGCGACUUCAUGAACAUUGAGUGCCACGCCUGCAUUGGUGGUACCAGUGUCCGUGAUGACAUGAAGGCCCUCGCCGACGGCCCCCAGGUCGUUGUCGGUACCCCCGGUCGUGUCCAGGACAUGAUCCAGCGUCGUUUCCUCAAGACCGACAGCAUGAAGAUGUUCGUUCUCGACGAGGCCGAUGAGAUGCUUUCUCGUGGUUUCACUGAGCAGAUCUACGACAUCUUCCAGCUCCUUCCUCAGUCCACCCAGGUCGUCCUUCUUUCCGCCACCAUGCCCCAGGACGUCCUUGAGGUCACCACCAAGUUCAUGCGCGACCCUGUCCGCAUUCUUGUCAAGAAGGACGAGCUUACCCUGGAGGGUAUCAAGCAGUUCUACAUUGCUGUUGAGAAGGAGGAGUGGAAGCUUGACACUCUUUCCGACUUGUACGAGACCGUCACCAUCACCCAGGCCGUCAUCUUCUGCAACACCCGCAGAAAGGUCGACUGGCUCACCGACAAGCUCACUGCCCGUGACUUCACCGUCUCCGCCAUGCACGGUGACAUGGACCAGGCUCAGCGUGACCUGAUCAUGAAGGAGUUCCGAUCCGGUUCUUCUCGUGUCCUGAUCGCCACUGAUCUUCUGGCCCGUGGUAUCGAUGUCCAGCAGGUGUCCCUGGUCAUCAACUAUGAUCUCCCCGCCAACCGUGAGAACUACAUCCACCGAAUUGGUCGUGGAGGUCGUUUCGGCCGAAAGGGUGUCGCCAUUAACUUCGUCACCGCUGAUGACGUUCGCAUGCUGCGUGAGAUAGAAAGCUUUUACAGCACUCAGGUCGACGAGAUGCCCAUGAACGUUGCCGAUCUUAUCUAA